AUGGCUGCCUCCAGAGGAGAGCCUGUCGUGUUAGCAGAAGAUAUAAAGGAUAGUAAUAUCCUUAAUGUUGAUGCGUGUUGUACUGAAGGCGAUGUUAUUGUUACCCAGAGUUCGAACUUGAUCAAUUUAUACAAGAUUGAUGACCAGAAAGCUACACAGAGCUGGUCAACAAAACACAAUGAGCACAUCACAAGUUCUGUGAUAUGGAGUGAACAUGAUCAGAAAUUUAUCACCGUUAUCAACGAGAGGACUAUUAGAACUUGGGAACAACAUGAACAGAACUUUGAGAAGUCAGCCACUAAAAAUGCUAUAUGUCCAAUAAAGGGGAUCCUUCCAGGUAACACUACAGAACCAGUUGUAGUAUUUAAAAAUGGAGCUGUGACCUUCCUCAGUAAGGUCAAGGACAUAAAAGAGGGUCCCCUGAUUGAUAAAGAUGAAAUUUUGUUCUGCGAUCUGGUGAAGAUAAAUUCUGAUCUAUGUGUACUCUGUCUUUUGCAGCAAGAGAACAACCUACAAUUGAUGAGUCACUGGUACAGAAAUGAGGAAUGGAUUCGACAUUCUGAACCUGUCCAGAUGCCUAUAAAUACAGAGUUUGUCAGCUGUCACACUAGUCUUGGUAGAGAUAAUGUCAAAAUAUUCAUCUUAUGUUUGAAUGGUGAUUUGUUAUGUCAGACUCUGACAUUCCAUCAAUCUUCAUCAGAAGUGUUACAGACCAUAUCUGGAGUCACCAAGGCAACAAAAAUGGUGGCUCUGAAUUCAACUCACAUAGUGCUAGCAGGCUGUGUCAAAGAUAAUCAAGAGAUUAUUGGAAUAUUUGACAUAAAAUUUGGAACGUAUGAAAUUUGGAAGAAUCUACCAACUCUAAAGAAAUCAACUGUUAAAUUGUUUGUUCUACAUGGACAUCUGUUUGUGCUGUGCCACCGGACUCUGUAUAUGUAUUCCUAUUCCUGCCACCCUUCCACAUUAUCUAGCAUCCUAGGUCACCAAAGGGUUGACAUGCAUAUUCAACAUGACCCAGCAUCCCCAGGACCUUUGACCUGGUCUAAAUCAAAGUCACCUUCACCAAACACUGAAGCUAACAAACUGUUUUCAGAGUUACAAAAUAUAUACACAUGCAAGACACAGAAGGAAUUUGAGAAGAAAUUUUCAAACAUUCUGAAAAGUCAUGGUGAUGAUGCCAGUGGUGUGAUCAGUGAAACAUCCGUCAUGGAGCAGAUUGUUCAGAGGUGUGUGUCCGAUGAAAAGUUCUGGCCUCACAACAUUCUAGAACAACUUCUCCUACACCGAUUGGUGCCCAGUAGAUGCAUUAAAGACAUAGCAGAGGGCCUUGUGAAACAUGAGGAUUUGGCUCUGCUUUUACAAUGUCUCGAUUCUGUAGAAGAUAUUCCAGAAGAAUCUCUCUGUGUGUUCACAAAUUUUGUUCUCAGUAUUGAUGAUGCAAAAGUUUCAGAAGCAGUAAAACUAGAUGGAUACUCAGGAACCAGCAAAAGCAACCAACCCUUAUCAGAGGGCAAAGGUCACAUUAUAAAUAAGAUAAUUAAAAAGUCGUACAAUGAUAUUUUCAUCAUCGAGUGUCUCCAUCAUGUUACCUUCCAAAAUGUUCUGAUGUUGCUGGAGUAUUUAUGUUAUUUGAUCAAUAACCGGGAAUCAAACAGCAACGCAGCACCAGAUCUUACACAGAUUGUGAACUUUGUCUGUGUGCUGAUCGAUGCCCAUUACCAACAGCUUGUUAUCUCCCCUGAUUCCCAUGGCGUGUUGAUCAAUCUUCAUAGCAUAGUGGAGAAGCAGAGAGAAUACUUUGCAGAAUUCCUGACAUUGGAUGUCCUACUUUCACAGCUAAAAAGACAAUUUGCCAUUCCACGCCCCCGCACCGUAGGAAAAUACUGCAUGGAAGUCCUGCAUGUUUAUUGACGAUUGAAGAUUUAGCAAAGUGCUUAGAUUUCAAUUAUGUUUUUGUCAUAGGUUAAUUCUAAGUAUUUUAAAAGAUUGAAGUGAUACAUGUAUUUUCAAGUACAGUUGAACAUUGGUAUCUUUAGCAUUGUUAUCUUGAAUAUACCAUGGAUAUAAUAAAGCCAGUUGGGAGUCCCAACUUCUCUUUCCUGUACAUAUUUUAAUCUCUAAUACCUCAAAUCCUCAGAUAUUUCAUUUUUUUCUGGGCCCCAAUGAGUUCGAAAUAUUUUAUUGAUAAAGGUUUGAGUGAUACAUGUACUAGAUAUUGAUGAUUUGCAGUUACAUAUUGGUAGUUGUUUGACUUGGAGAAAACAGAAGUAUUUAUAGUUAAACAUAUUUGUGUUGCAUUACAUUACAGUUAAAUUUGUUUAUAAGGAACUUAGAUAGAAGGAAAUCUCUGCUAUGAGGAAUCUCUGCUUUUUUUCCAUAUUCCUCAUAUCAUAGCACCUUCUUAUAUGGAUAUAAAGAAUUUUGGUCAUGAGGAAUUGAAAAUUCAUGUCCUGAGGACUUCCCUAGAAACAAAUUUUACUGUAGUUAUCAGAGAAAUCAAAGCUAAAUAAAUGAAAAGUCACUGACUUUUUAAGAAAAAGGGCAAAGGU